AUGUCCUGCAAGGUCAAGACCGGGGGCGGUGCCGGCGUCGGAGCCCGCGGCGGAAUGAGACGGCCGGCGGUGCGCCUGGUGCGGCUGGGCCGGGCCCGGCCGGGGAGCGAGGCGGGCGCGCUCCUCGUUGGCGAGCCCACGGGGCCCGUGUACACAGCUGGGCUGCGGGGCGGCCUGACGCCCGAGGAGGCAGCGCGGCUGCGGGCGUUGGGCGCCGAGGUACGCACCACUGGCCGCGGCGGCCUGGCCACUUUCCACGGCCCAGGCCAGCUCCUCUGCCACCCGGUGCUCGAUUUGAGGCGCUUCGGCCUGCGCCUGCGCACUCACGUGGCGACGCUGGAGGCGUGCGCCGUGCGCCUGUGCGAGCUCCAGGGCCUGCCGGCUGCGCGCGCACGGCCUCCGCCCUACACCGGCGUCUGGCUGCGUGACUUUAAGAUCUGCGCGAUAGGAGUCCGCUGUGGAAGGCACAUCACAUCCCAUGGCCUGGCCCUGAACUGCUCUACAGACCUGACGUGGUUUGAGCACAUUGUCCCCUGUGGACUGGUGGGCACCGGGGUCACUUCCCUGAGUAAGGAACUCCAGAGACAUGUCUCUGUGGAUGAAGUCAUGCCACUUUUCCUGGAAGCCUUUAAGGAGACCUUCAAGUGCACACUGACAGCAGAGGACAACUUCACCUAACAGCCCUGCGAAUCACAAGACCCGAUCCUAGACUGAGUCCUGCCACUCACUGGUCAUGAGAUAGUGCAGGUCAUGAGUUCUGAGCCAGUGCUGCUUGCUGUACUCAAGUUUAUUUAUUUCUUCCCCACCUACUCCAGAGAUACUAGGUAUGAAAACCCUAUUAAAAAGGCAUCACACAUACCCUGUUUCCCCGAAAGUAAGACAUCCCCUGAAAAUAAGACCUACUUACAGUUUUGCUGCUCCCUGAAAUA